UUUUCUCAAUUUCCCUCCAAGAAUAUGGCCCACAAGAAUUUUUCCCCUGCCUCGCGCCACAAACAAGCGUCCCCUGCACCGUCUUCAUCCCCCGAUCCGCCUCUGUCCGAUGAUUCUCCGGCCAUGUAUCGGGGUGAAUACGAGGGGGCCGUCGGUGCUGUCAUGUUUGGGGACCAUGCCAGAGCCUUGGAGCUCGUCGAUGACGCCAUUUCCCGCUACCCGGAUUCGGCGCUUCUACACUGCACCCGAAACGUCAUUUGCUACAGAGCCGCUUCCUUGAUCAGAGACUAUAAGUUCAAGGUUGAAUACCUGAAGAAAGCGGCCGAGUUCGCAGGCCUUGCCCUCGCUGUGGCACCGAACUCCAUCUCCUGCGCUAGACUGAACGUCACCACGCUUUUCGAGCUGACGGAGAUCGCCUCCCCUAGUUCAGUUUCCAAUUACGAAGAAGUAAUCCGGCAUUGCGAGAACGCUUUGAUGUUAAAAAACCCAGCGGACCCCCUCGAGGGUCGCUUGGGAAAGACCAAGGCUGAGCGAGUCUUGUCGGUGAGAAAGGCCUUCGUAAUGGUCAUCGAGAAGGCCAAGACGAGGAUCAGUCUUCUUGGAGGUGGAAAUAGUAAGGACUGGUUGAAGAAGCUUGUAGAGAAUGAUCUUCUGUCGGGCAUAAAAAAGGGUUUUGAAAACAUGGAACGGUUAAGGAAAGAGAUCACAGAUCCGAUGCCGCUGAAGGUCAAAUUUCCAGCGUCGAGUCGAGCCUCGGGGGAUGAUCGGUUCACGGAGAAGAGAAAGAAACAAAAUCUCAAGAAACUGAUGUCCAGCGUCGGCAAUACAGGUCGAGUCAGGACUUACUGGAACAACAUGGAUAUCAAAGAGAGGAAGGAAUUAUUCACUAUAGGAAUAGAAGAUCUCAUAGCGUAUUUGGAUAAGAACAAGCUGGCGAUGGUGAAGGAGGCUUUGGUGGAAGCGAUAGAUUUCGCUAAAGUGACAAAGAAAUGGAAGUUUUGGGAGUGUUGUUGUUGCGAAGAAAGGUUUUCGGUCGAUGAAUCCAAUUUGGACCACAUUGGGAAUAUGCAUGUAGCUCCCCUGUACGAGAACAUACAAUCCGCUGCUCCGGAAUUAUUAGCUCCUGACUUGGCACAUAACAUGCUUCAAGCUGAUGUAUGGAAGCCUGUGGAUUCUAUUUCUGCGGCCAAGAUUAUGGAAGACCUGCCGUCUACUGCAGAUAAUGGCUCUGAAGGUUUUACUGUUAGUCAGUGGCCUUAUUGUGAUGAUAGAAAGCGCGCUGAUAUCAUCGAGAAAAUUCGCUCAUGCCUGCAAAUGUUUAUGCAAAUAAAUUGUCUUGCUUCUAGCCAUCUCACCAUGCUUCUGACCAUGACAAUGGACAUGCUGCAAAAUCGCAUCCCAAGAUCGAUUCUCGAGGAUCAUGGACUGCACCAGACACUCCGCUCGAUAUGCUUAUUGGAAGUGCCGGAACUUGAACACGUUCUUGAUUGCUUGGAAGAUCUGGCUGGUGCUUGCCCGUUGCGUUUACUUUGUGAGCGUUUCUCGAUAGAAGAAUCGGUAGGUUAUCAGGGACCUUGCAUUAAAGAGAGGAUUGUUUUCAGCAGCGACUUCUCUUGCCUCCAUCUGGAUGAGCGAUUGCUGCGAGGACGGAUUGAUGCCCCGGAUGAUGGGAUAGCAGUGGCUUCAACUAUUGCGGAGGAUUGUGGUAAUGAUGAGGCAGAGCUGUCUGCAGAUAGUGACGCUAUUGUAUAUGAAUUAUGCGUUGGAGUUCCUAAAAUUGGGGAGCAGUGGAAGGAAUGGACAAGUAUGAGAGAACCCACCAAAAGUCAGGGAAAGGAUUUGAUGAAGAUCCUUGAGACGGAAUUGUUUCGUGAGCAGUUAAUGUUAGCCAGAAAACUCAGGAUUUUGAGAUACGAGAACACAUUGCUUAGUGUUGAGAGAAUAUGUGUCGAGGAAAAUAGGAAAAGGGAACUAAUUCCAGAUUACGACCCACAGAGUUUUGAGUCUCUAUUGUCGAAGAGGAAGAAGGAGCUUGAGAUGGAGGGUGAUGCUGCGAUAGAUAGCACAAGCAAUGAGAUGGAUAUCAUACUUGGUAUUCUAGAAGAAGCACAAGCAGACUCUGACAUAAACAAAGCAAUUCAGAAUCAGAGGGAACAUAUAUCUCGAGAGGUUUACAGACUUGAUGUCAUAAUCCUAGCGACUAAAUUCGCCCUCGGGCAGACGGGGAAGAAAAUUUGGAGCGUUUUAGUUCAUGACUAUCGGUUCAUUAUCGUUCCCCUGUUGAAGUCAUUUGUGCAGGCACGCCUACAGGAUAUGGUUGACAAAGAUGCUGCAGAGAAGUCUAGUACUGCAGCAGAAGCUCUGUUAGCAGAGCUUGCCGUCGAUGCCAAGAAAAACACUGAUAAAGGAGGUGUUGGUUCGAAAAAAGGAGACGGAAAGUCAAAGCGUAAAAAGAAGGGAAAAUAUCACAGCAAGGCCAAAAAUUCUGAGGGAACUGGUGGCAGUGAGGAGCGGCAUCCAUUUAAUCCCAAAAAUAUGGAACAAUACCCGGAUGAAUUGGAGCAAGGGGAACAAGAAAAUGUUGGUGAACAUGUUGGUCCAAGUAAGCAGGAACAGGAAGAAGAACGCUUACAGGAUAUGGCUGACAAAGAUGCUGCAGAGAAGCCUACUACUGCAGCAGAAUCUCUGUCAGCAGAGCUUGCUGUCGAUGUCAAGAAAAACACUGAUAAAGGAGGUGUUGGUUCAAAAAAAGGAGAGGGAAAGUCAAAGCGCAAAAAGAAGGGAAAAUAUCAUAGCAAGGCAAAGAAUUCUGAGGGAACUGGUGGUAGUGAGGACCGGCAUCCCUUUAAUCCCAAAAAUGUCGAACAAUAUGAGAUUCCCAUAAGCCCGGAUGAAUUGGAGCAACGGGAACAGGAAGAUGUUGGUCCAAGUAAGCAGGAACAGGAAGAGGAACUUCAGCGUGAGGAUAUGGAGGUAGAAAGAAAGCUUGAGGAAGUUUUGGAGUUUCAGAGGAAGUUCGAGGAUGAGGCUAAACAAAAGCGCCUUGCUGAAAAAGCAAAGAUCGUGGGGGGAACCAGUGCUGAAAAUGUUGCGGAGGAUGUGCAUGUUGUCUCCUCCAAACUUAGCGAAGAUGUUGGUCCAAUGGAGCAGGGGAAGGAAGAGGAACUUCACCAUGAGGAUGAGGAGGUACAAAGAAAGAUUGAUGAAGCUUUGGAGUUUCAGACCAAAUUAGAGGCCGAUGGUAAACAAAAGCGCCUUGCUGAAAAAGCAAAAAUUAUGGAAAAUGUUGCAGAGGAUGUACCUGUUAUCUCCUCAAGACCUGGCGAAAAUGUUGAUCCAAGUGAGCUGGAACACGAAGAAAAAUUUCAGCUCGAGGGUGAGGAGGUGCAAAGAAAGGUUGAUAAAGCAUUGGAGAUUUAUUUGAAAUUUGAGGAAGAGGUUAAAAGAAAGCUCCGUUCUGAAAAAGCAAAGAUUGAGGAAUAUGUUGUAGAGGAGGUGCCUCUAGUCUCCUCUGAACCUGGUGAAGGUGUUGGUCCAAGUGAGCAGAAACAGAAAGGGGAACUUCAGUGUGGGGAUGAGGAGCUGCAAAGAAAGCUUGAUGAAGCUUUGGAGUUUUAUUUUAAAUUUGAGGAUGAGGCUAGACGAAAGCGCCUUGCUGAAAAAGCAAAAAUUAUUGAAAAUGUUGCAGAGGAUGUGCCUGUAAUUUCCUAUGAACCUGGUGGUGAAGGUGUUGAACUUGAUCCAAGUGACCUGGAACAGGAAGGGGAACUUCAGCAUGGGGAUGAGGAGGUGCAAAGAAAGGAUGAGGCUGGACGAAAGCGCCUUGCUGAAAAAGCAAAAAUUAUUGAAAAUGUUGCAGAGGAUGUGCCUGUAAUUUCCUAUGAACCUGGUGGUGAAGGUGUUGAACUUGAUCCAAGUGAGCAGGAACAGGAAGGGGAACUUCAGCAUGGGGAUGAGGAGGUGCAAAGAAAGGUUGAUGAAAUAAAUUUUGAGGAUGAGGCUGAACGAAACCGCCUUGCUGGAAAAGCAAAGAUUAUGGAAAAUGUUGCAGAUGAUGUGCCUGUAAUCUCCUCUGAACCUGGUGAAGAUGUUGGUCCAAGUAAGCAGGAACGGGAAGAGGAACAUCAGCGGGUGGAUGAGGUGCAAAGAGAGCUUGAUGAAACUUUGGAGUUGCAGAGCGAAAUUGAUAACGAGGCUGAACACAAACUUGAUGAGCUAGAAAAGAAUGUAGGUGGACCCAGUGAGAAGAAUGUGGGAAGGUGGUUUUGCUGCCAUCUCCAGUGAACCUAAAGAAGAUGUUUGUUCUAUAUUAAACAGCGAUAGGUGGAACAAGCGAGUAGUAUCCAUUUUGGUAGUCUUGACUACCGGACAAAGUUUUCACAGGCUGAGCAGUAGAGAUCGGGUUAAGAAAUAAGUAAAUGAACUUGGAGAACUGCAGCACUUGAAGCACAUGAAGCUGACUAGCUUAGAUAGCUAGAAAUAGCAUAUUGUACUUCUUAUGGGUAAAAAAAAUUCUAACUAAACUUUCACUUGUAAAGAAUUAAAGCAUAGAUGUAUACUUCUCAAACAUGACAGUUCUCUGGACCCAUUUCACUUGCAUAUGGCUUCAAUUUGCCACUGCAUAGGAAAGGGGGCCUAAUGGGUUCAAUACUGUAUAGGCAGAGAAAAUGAGAGUAAUAAUAAUAAUAAUAAUAAUAAAAGGGAAAAGUUUGUUCUGGUUU